GCGGUAGCGGCAGCAGCGGCAGCGGUGGCGACAUGAGCAGCGGGGCGGCGUCCGGGACAGGGCGGGGGCGGCCCCGGGGCGGGGGGCCGGGGCCCGGGGACCCCCCACCCAGCGAGACACACAAGCUGGUGGUCGUGGGCGGCGGCGGCGUGGGCAAGAGCGCGCUGACCAUCCAGUUCAUCCAGUCCUACUUCGUGUCUGACUACGACCCCACUAUUGAAGACUCCUACACGAAGAUCUGCAUGGUGGAUGGCGUCCCGGCGCGGCUAGACAUUCUGGACACCGCUGGCCAGGAGGAGUUCGGUGCUAUGCGGGAGCAGUACAUGCGCGCCGGCCACGGCUUCCUGCUGGUGUUUGCCAUUAACGACCGGCAGAGUUUCAACGAGGUGGGCAAGCUCUUCACGCAGAUCCUCCGAGUCAAGGACCGAGAUGACUUCCCCAUCGUGUUGGUCGGGAACAAGGCAGAUCUGGAGACACAGCGCCAGGUUCCCCGAUCCGAAGCCUCCACCUUCAGCGCCUCCCACCACGUGGCCUACUUCGAGGCCUCGGCCAAACUGCGCCUCAAUGUGGACGAGGCCUUCGAGCAGCUGGUGCGGGCCGUCCGGAAGUACCAGGAACAAGAGCUCCCACCCUGCCCGCCCAGCGCCCCCAGGAAGAAGGACGGGGGUUGCCCCUGCGUCCUCCUGUAGGGACGGGAGAGGAGCAACCGGCACUAGCUCUCGGGACCAGCUGCCCUCGCCGAGCUUCUUUCCCCAUCUGGGCCUCCCAGGAACACUACACUCCCACCCGUGAUUCCUGGCCUCCUCCAGGGGCCAUCACAUCACCACCGUGUGCCUUCUGCCACCGCCUCCUUCCCCCACCCGAGCCCCAGGGUGAAGGCUCCCGGGCAUCCGGGUCACUGCUGUAUAUAACUCCCCUCCCCCAGAGAAAUAAACGUCACU